CUUACAUCCUCGGUGUUUUUGCAUCACCCCAAGUCAGAAUAGGGCGUACACAGCUAACUGGUCUCACCCUUUCCGAUGGCAUCGAAUUCUUUGGAGGGAUCCCUUAUGCGGAGCCACCUGUUGGACCACGGAGCUUUCGUCGCCCAGUCUUGAAGAGAAACUUCAAUACAACAGUAUUUGAUGCCACAACCUACGGAAAAGCGUGUAUGCAGGUGCCCAUCGAAAUCGAUGUCACAAAUAUGUCGGAUGAUUGCCUAACUCUCAAUAUUCAUCGACCAUCCGGCGUUAAACCCAACGCAAGACUCCCAGUGUUGUUUUGGUCUUACGGGGGAGCAUGGUCAUGGGGAGCCUCGUCUACAUACAACGGCAGCACGCUGGUCUCUCGAAGUAUUGAGAGGGGUACUCCCGUCAUUUAUGUCAAUUUCAACUACCGCCUGGGCCCCUUUGGGUGGCCACAGGGACAAGAAUCCGAAGACCAGGGCGUACUCAAUCUCGGACUUCAUGAUCACAUCGCAGCGCUACAAUGGGUACAGCACAAUAUUCACCACUUUGGGGGAGACAGAAACAAGGUGACGAUAUUUGGAGAAAGUGCUGGCUCGAUCAGCAACGGAAUUCUUUAUCUGAACUCAGGACUCGAGCGUCUAGCUCGCGGCGCUAUUUUCCAGUCGGGUCAGGCGAAUUCCGUUAUCAAUCCGAAGGCCUCGUACAGGGAAGACGUCUGGCAACGAUUGAUUCGAGCUAUGCCUUCCUGUGCAGCCACUUCAGAGUCCGGAUCCUCGAUUCCUUGUCUUAGGGAAGCGAGCUCCGUGGAGAUCCUUACUGCAUGGUUACAGAUUUUCCAAGAGAUCCAAGAUUUUAUCCUCUUCCUACCAACGAUAGAUCCUGCACGAGGGAGCUUACUUCCUGACUAUCCUUCGCGCCUAUAUAGCCAGGGUCGAUUCGCAAGGAUUCCCUUUAUUUCAGGAACGAAUUUGGAUGAAGGGACCGCAUUUGCUAACUCCAACCCAAACGCCACUGAAGAUAACAUCAAAGGUCAUAUUAUAGGUUAUAACUCACCUUCGCCUGAUGAGAAAGGCCUCGCUCGAGUUGUCGAUGAGCUGUUUGAUGUAUACCCCGAUGUCCCCUCCCUUGGUUCACCUUUUAACACCGGAGAUGAACUUUUCGGAUUAUCUCGUUCGUACAAGAGGCACGCCGCAAUCCUCACGGAUAUGGUUUUCGAAGCACCGCGUCGAAUGUGGCUUGAAGCUGCAACCUCGCGAGGCGUGAAGGCUUGGAGUUAUCUCUUCAAGCAACCUCAGCCCUUGGACAACCCGGCAUGGGGAGUCUACCAUUCAAGCGAAAUUGAAUUUGUUUAUGGACAGCCUCGGGAUCAGUCACCAAGUGCUAGGAACGUUAGCACGCUUAUGAUGGAUUACUGGAUCUCUUUUGCCGUCAAUUUAGAUCCCAACGACCGCCGUGGAUUGCGCAGACCUACUUGGCCUCGAUAUACCAAGAGGGACGGAACGUCGCUGCAGCUUCAAGGAGGAAACACAACAGCCAUUACAGACAACUUUAGGGUCCAGAAGAGUCGUUUCUUCAAUUCUCACCCUAUCUUGUUCCGCCAUUGA